AUGUGGUGGAACGAUCCCCAUUGGUUGAAGGAGGAGUACGAGAAAUGCCCGAAGUCAUGUGUACAAUACAGUGGUACAAACAAUAUACCAGAAGCCAAAAAUACGGACGGAACAACAAUUACGACUGUUGCAUGCGUAGCGUACGAUAAAUGUUAUUCGUUGUUAUCUAGAAGGUCGUCGUUAUUAUUUAUCAUCAGAGUGACGGCGUAUUGUCUACGCUGGCGGUAUAACAUGAAUCGAGCAGUAGGUGAUAAAAAUAAUGGGCCGUUAACGGUAAACGAACUAGAUAGAGCAAAUACGACAAUCAUCAAAAUAAUUCAACGCGCACAUUUUCGGCAAGAAUUGAGAGAGUUAAAUAGUGCAAAUGCGAAUGUGUCAAAAAAAAGUAAACUACUGCGUCUUAGUCCAUAUAUUGAUGGGGAUAAUGUUAUACGCGUCGGAGGUCGUUUAAAAUACGCUAUGGCGUUAAAUGACAAUCAGAGACAUCAAAUUGUAUUGCCGGAUAACUGUCUUUACACAAAAUUAUUAUUCCGUAAAGUACACAUGGAUUUGAUACACAGUGGACCUCAAGCCUUGGUCGCCUCUAUUAGGCAGCGCUACUGGCCUUUAAAAGCGCGAAGUUUGGCUCGUACUAUAGUACACAAUUGCGUUAAUAAUUUUAAACUGAAACCUCAAAUAGUACAACCGAUCAUGGUGAGUCUGCCUGGUUCACGGGUACAGAGUGGAAGAGCAUUUGCCAUAUGUGGUGUAGAUUUUGCGGGUCCAGUCAUGAUAAGAAUGAGCUUGCGUCGUAAGGCAUCAUGUAACAAAGGAUACAUCAGCAUAUUUGUAUGUUUUGCGACAAAGGCGAUACAUAACUUUUUGUAA